UCCUUGAGAAAAAGACACAGCAACCAAAAAACUUGUCAGUGCGCUCUCAAUCAAAAGCUUUCUUUUAAUAAACGUAACACACGCUUUAUCAGUUUCACCACGCCAUCCAUCUUCUUCUUCGAUUCUCUCAAGCGAAAAAAAAAAGAUGGCGAACAGAGAGAUGGCAGUGUACUGUUUCGACACUUUGGUCUCUCACUACAACAACGAGGAGACUCCUCCACCUGCCUUUGACGACGCCAAUCAUCCGUUGUUUGUGACGUGGAAGAAAAUAGUGAAUGGAGGGGAGCCUCGAUUGCGUGGAUGUAUUGGUACACUGGAAGCACGCCGCUUGAUCAGUGGCUUCAAGGAUUAUGCCUUGACCAGUGCCCUGAGGGAUCGUAGGUUCCCACCAAUACAGUCCAAAGAACUGCCAUUUCUGCAAUGUACCGUCUCUGUCUUGACUGAUUAUGAAACUGCUGACGAUUAUCUUGAUUGGGAGGUGGGAAAGCAUGGUAUAAUCAUUGAGUUCACUGAACCUGUGUCUAACACAAAGCGAAGCGCCACGUAUUUGCCUGAGGUCCCAGCUCAUGAAGGCUGGACAAAGAUAGAGGCAAUAGAUUCGCUGGUGCGUAAAGCAGGAUACAGCGGGGUGAAAUAACUGAAUCAGUGCGUAGGAGAAUCGUCUAACUCGUUACCAGAGUACAUUAUUCAGCAUGCACUAUAGUGAAUACCUUUCGUACGUGAAGGCACGAGAGGCGG